AAGAGUGAGAGAGAGAGAGAAAAGUUGAAAUUUUUCUUUACUUUUAUGUGUUACUCCUUCAAAAUGUCUUCGUUGGGGUUUUUCGUUUGUUCGUUCAAAGAAUGAUAUAUAAAGGGAUCACAAGAAUGGUGAUCAUUCGAAAACAAGUUCGUCAUUUUGAAAACAAUGAUCAUGAUGAUUUUCAAAUUGAAUUUUUCGAUUCUAGUGAUCACCACCAUCAUCAUAAAUGGCAAUGCUUUCGAAGAAUUCACUACAAAUUCUACGACGUUUGAUGAUGAUGAUGAUGAUAAUUCAACGACGACAACCAUAAAUUAUGAUGAUGCAAAUGGUCGAUCAUUAUCAUUAUCAUCGAUUGAAGAUCUACCAAGACAAGGACGUAUUAUUAAUGAUGAAAAAAUGUCAAUCAAAGGAUUCAUACCGAUUGUUGGUCUUUCAACAUCCGAAACAUCAUCAGAUGAUAAUCGUAAUAAGAAAAAUACCGUCGAACGAAAUAGUUAUGAUAAUCGGCCAGAAAUUGAUGGCGCAAAUAUUUAUGAUGAUCAAUCGUUGACGAAUGUUCAACAACAUCAGGCUGGUCCUGAAGAUCAACGUUUUAUUGGUGCUGCAUUACAAGGUUUGAUUGGAAAUUUUGCCAAUGGUGGUGGUGGUAUCGGUGGCAGUAAAAUUGGUUCGAUUCGACCAAAUUACGGUAUCAUUGGUGGAAAUAGUCCUGUACAGCGAAAAAGUGAUUGUAUCUGUGUUCCAUUCUAUAUGUGUCGAAAUGGUGUUUUAGUUGGUUCGAUUACUGAUCCAUAUAAUAAUCUUUAUCAACAACGUAAAAAUGAUCAACAACAACAACAACAACAACAAAUUGAUGAUGAUGUCUAUGGUGCAAUCAAUGAACGAAGUUUUGAUGGUAAUUCUAAUGCUAAUAAUAAUACAAACAAAUUUGCUGAAGAAAUUCUUGGCCGUAUGAUCGGUGUUGGUGGUAAUCGUCAAAUGGCCGAUAAAUGUGGCCUAUUACGAACCUGUUGUCAACGACCAUAUAAUUUAAAUUCAAAUUCAAUUCCAAUGAUUAUGAAUGAUCCACAACAAUUAAAUAUCGAUUAUAUUGACUCUGUUGUUACACCACCAUCAAUGUCUUAUAAUAAUGGUGGACAAUCUAUUUAUCGACCACCACAGCAACUGCCACCAUUGGAACAUGUUUAUCAUCAGCAACCAAUUAAAGCUGUUGUUAAUCGGCCAGCAUACAUUACAAGACCACCACCACCACUAUCUUAUCAUCAACGACCACCAAAAGUAAUCAAUUCGUUACAUAGUCAUUCGAUACCUUCAUUUGAUCUCGAUCAUCAUCAUCAUCAUCAACCAUCAAUCGCACCAUCAUUACCAAUACCAAUACGAAAUGAUCAUUUGCCAAGACCAAAUGCAGCAUAUCAUAAUUGUGGUCAACGACAAUCAAUAGGAAUCAAUGGUCGUGUACAGAAUCUUAAUUAUCAUCAAUCAUCAACGGAAUUUGCUGAAUAUCCAUGGCAGGUUGCCAUUUUAAAACGAAUUGGUCCAUCGGAUAAUCUAUAUGUUUGUGGUGGUGCUUUGAUUAGUUCCAGUUUCAUUAUUACUGCUGCUCAUUGUAUCAAAAAAUUCCAGGCACAUGAUCUAAAAAUUCGAUUAGGCGAAUGGGAUGUACAUCGUGAAGAUGAAUUCUAUCCAUAUGUUGAAAAGAAUGUGGAAGAGAUUUUUAUUCAUCCAAAUUUCGUACCACGUAAUUUGGCUAAUGAUGUUGCUCUAUUGAAAUUGGAUACCGAACUGGAUCUUAGCCAACAUCCACAUAUAUCACCAAUUUGUAUGCCACAAACAUUCGAAUCAUUUGCUGGUCAUCGAUGUUAUGUUGCUGGAUGGGGAAAGAAUGCUUUUGGUCAUCAAGGUGAAUAUCAAAGUGUUUUGAUGAAAGUUGAUCUUCCCGUAUUGGAUUCACGAAUGUGUGAAAAUCAAUUGAAACACACGAAAUUGGGUUACGGGUUCCGAUUAGAUCGAUCGAUGAUUUGUGCUGGUGGUGAACCUGGUAAAGAUGCCUGUGAAGGUGAUGGUGGUAGUGGAUUAGUUUGCGAAUCAAAUGGUAUAUGGCAAGUGGUUGGUCUUGUAAGCUGGGGUCUUGGUUGUGGUCAAGGUGGCAUACCUGGUGUGUAUACGAACGUCGCUCAUAUUCGUAAUUGGAUCGAUAAAAUUGUUUUGCCAUAUUAUGUCAAUCAUCACAAUCACAAUCAUCAUCAUCAUCAUAAUCAGAUCAUGAUCUCAAAACCCAUUCCUAAUUUCAAUGAAUUAAUUAAUGAACGAAGUUUAAAUGGAAAUUCAACCACAGAAAUACUCAAUAAUGACAAAACAUCACCAGUGAUGGUCACCAAUGUCAACAACAACAACAGUACCCAAUAAUGGAAAAUAAAUUGAAUUUUCUUUUC